AUGGCACAUUCAUCAACAGUCGACUGGAAUCGAGAACCAAGUAAUACUAUGAGUGGUAUUAUGAGUACACUUGCUGAAGAUUUGCAAUGGUUUCAUCCAUCUGGUGAAAUAAUGGUUAAACGUGAAAAUGAUCCAUGGAUAAUUGCGAAACGAUCCGAUAUGCGUGAAUUAUUAGUAAUUAUAAAUCAGAAAAAUGCAAAUUUAAAAGAAAUCAGUGAUAAAAUCAAACAAAUAUUUUCUACACAAUUUAAUAAUGUUUUACUAUUAGAAUGA